AUACGCUUUAAUUAAAACUUUUAAUUUAUUUGUUCUGUUUGUUCCUAUAAUUAAAGAAAAUAGAUCUUGCUGUCAAAUUAUUCUAGUUAAAUAUUUGUUUAUUUAUUUUACUUUCGUAAUUUUGUGUUUAAAAACUUAAUUAAUCUUUAAAUUAUCCGUUAAGCUCAAACUUUAUAGCUUCAAAUUUUAUUUUAAUUUUUGUUCUUUUUAAGUGUUAAGGAAUAUUUUGGUUACUGUAAAUAUCCUCUACACAAGAGAUGGCUGCGAAGCGGUUUCCUGUGUCCUUUCUUAGGCGAUAGUAAGAUGAUGGUUUUGUUUUAUUGCGUGUUUACGUUGUGAUUUUUAUGGCACCCUCGAAACUAUUCAGCGGGGACUACCACCAAUCCCCCCUAUCCCCCGUCGGUUGGAUCGAUGGCAUCGCGAGCAAUCGGCGGCCGCCGUGCGAGUUGUGAAUGUAAGGCGGAGCGAGAAGUAAAAAUAGCGUUACCAUGGCACUGGUAGUAGUGUGUGCCACGUGGGUUAAAGCGAGGCAGUUGUAGUAGUAGCAGUAGUACGAGCGCAGGCAGUCCUACUAACACACUCCGAAUAGACAGACAGCGAGUAAGGAGAGCCGAGUGAGAAGGAAGUGCGGGGGGGGAAAAAAAUCCAUCAUUGGCUCAACCCUUUUAACACCAGCAGGCAGUAGCGUCGGACAAAAGGCACUGCCUCCCUCCCUCCCGCUUGUGGCGCAGUGGCUAGCUGGCAGUGAAUUCAUCUCUGCAUCCACACACUCCCUUGCUUGCACCGCGGCGGCCGACAGCGGACGGAUGCUGAAUUCUUCCUCUCGCCAUGACAGCACUACUCCCGCUUUUCCAAGUCGUCUUGCCUUUCUCGGUACCUCCACGGCCAUGGAACGAACGGGCAUCGCAUGUGCUACGCCCGUUAUCUCCCUCCAAAAACUGAAGAACUUCUUGACACAGCCCCGAUUCAGGUUUCCUCAUCAUGGCCCUGGCGGCAGCCUGGAGGAAGGUCGAGGCGGUGGAGGCAUGGACUCCUCGCAGAUGCACAGCCUGUACGGUAGCCACGGAAACAGGGCUAACAGUACUAGUAGUGGGAGUCCACCUGUGUCCACCCCUAGCUCCAGCGGCUCCAUGCUAGUGGUGCCUCAACCCAUUAGCGCCGCUACCAAGGGUCCUGGAGCGCCAUCAGGGGUGGCCACUAAUGGCACCGGCAGGAAGUACCAGUGUAAAAUGUGCCCUCAGAUCUUUGGGUCCAAGGCAGACUUGCAGCUACACACUCAAAUCCACAUGCGUGAGGCCAAACCGUACAAGUGCUCCCAAUGCUCCAAGGCGUUCGCCAACUCCUCGUACCUGUCUCAGCAUACGCGUAUCCACCUGGGUAUCAAGCCAUAUCGGUGCGAAAUCUGCCAGAGGAAGUUCACGCAGCUGUCUCAUCUUCAACAGCACAUCCGGACGCACACGGGAGAUAAGCCGUACAAGUGUCGGGCUCCUGGCUGCAACAAGGCCUUCUCUCAACUGUCCAAUUUGCAGUCUCACUCUAGAUGUCACCAGACAGACAAGCCAUACAAGUGUAACAGCUGUUACAAAUGUUUUGCUGAUGAAGCGGGUCUUUUGGAGCACAUCCCAAAGCACAAAGAGUCGAAGCACCUUAAAACACAUAUAUGUCAGUUCUGUGGAAAAUCAUAUACGCAGGAGACAUAUCUUGCCAAACACAUGCAGAAGCAUGCUGACCGUCUGGAGAAACGUCCGUUACCACCUCUCACCAACAAUAAUAACCUCAGUAUACCUUCCAACCAAUCACUUCGCGGGCCAACUCCCGCUGACAAUUAUUGGACAAAAACGGCGACAUCGGUAGCUUCCGAUGCUCAUCAUGGAAUGGGAGAUCCUUCUUCGAUGGGCUCGCCUAUGUCACCUCCAUCUCACCAUCUGCAUCCACAUGUUUCUGAGACAUGUCUACAGAAUAGUAUGAACGAUCACCAUGCGAGACUCCAUAUGGACCCUCGUCAUCAACAGCAACAACAACAGCAGCAGCAACAACAACAGCAACAACAGCAGAUGGUGGCCAAUAGUGCCAAUCAUACAAACGGCAGGGACCAUGACCUUGGUUCUCAUCUAGGUCAAAAUCAGUAUGAUACUUCAUCUAUGGCGCAAGGUCAUCCUCCACCCACGAGCAAGAAUACAUCGGCAUUUACUCCUAUUCAGUCUGGGAUGCUGCCGAUCUCUUCAGGACCGCAGCUGUCCAUGCCGUCAACACGUACCUCAUAUUUCCCUUAUGAACCCAUUAAUUUUCCAAAGAGCACGAAUCCAAUGGGAUCGAUGGAAGUAAAACAGAGCCACAGCUCUUUCCCCAAUCAGCUUAUAUCUCUCCACCAGAUUCGGAACUAUGCAUCUAUGCCCACCAUGAGUGGGGGAGAACAUCCGAUCUCUAUGAAGGAUAAAAGCCAGCAACAGUAAGGGGUGUCUCGCUUAUUACUUGAAUGAUGGGAUACGAUUUUAAAGACUGAUAUUCCGAUUUCUUUUCUUAAGAAGAAUGGCGUUUAUUCUUUUCCCCUUCACUUUCAAAUGAUGUUGUGUUUGUGCAGUUGUUGUGUACCAUCCAAGUAGUGAUCCUUGAGCCCCUGCGCCGCUAGACUCCUUUAAUGCUCAAAAUGUCCUCCAAAGAUUGGACUGUAGGAGACAUACCUCAUAUUUAACUCCCGGUGAAUUUUAGCGUUGUGUUUUAAGAUAACCUUGCGUUUUAACGGAAAGAGUGAGGAAAGAAUUUGCGAACUUGUCAAGAAAGUUAUCAGUUGAACUUCUGUGUGAUUUACUUUGUUAUUCUGAUCAACGAGUCACUAGCUCUGGGAAAUAUUUUAUGUACUAAUCGGUAAUUUUGGAAAUCGUCGUGAUGCAUACUUUGCCAUACCAAGAAGUCUGAGCGUGAGACAAAGGAAAAAAACAGAAAUAAAAGAAAACUGCUGGUUUUCUCAUUUUUCGCCAUACAUAUUUGUUAGAGGAGGAGACAAGACUUACGUUUGGGCUAUGCACUGGCGCUCCUGUCUCUUUCCCUCACACUCUCCUUUACUUAAUGGGAGUCGUUCAAAGAAUGUAGUAAGAUAUCUUUACUUAGUAGGCCAUCAAAACUAAAGGGUUUGUGAUGCAGCACCUGUGAUUCCGAGGGAAAGUCCAUCUGACUCAUAUUGGUGCCUUGAUUUAUUGAGAGUGCUUGUCAGUUGCGCCACUGCCUAGUUUGCCUCUUUGCCUAACUUUGCACUGCACUGCGGUUUGAUAUAUUGAAUUUUAAGCACGAAUUUGUCUUAUGAAAUCAAAUAUUAAUUUGUUUGAAAAAAUACUAUUUGAUUUUAAAGGACAUUGUAUUUUCAUUUUAAAUAAUUUUAGUAAUUCUGUCGUUCCGUAUUUUUUCUAGUCUUGUCUCUGUCUCUUCUUAAUGGUUAAAUAUGAGAAAUGCUGGCUUUACCGUCUCUUGUAAUAGUGAGAUUUCUAUAGGACAUCGUUUUUGCCUCCUAUCUUACCUCAUCAUAUAGACAUUGUAGUAUUAUCAUUCAAGACUGAUAUUGUGGCGUUAAGUACGUAUAUUCCAGCACACAGAAAUAUUUUCUUGGCUCAAAUCGUUUUAAACAAAGUGUGGUAUACCGUAUUCAUGCAACUUCAAUGUUGAAAUAAUCGUAAUAGUAAAAUGCAUAAUAAUAACGCAGCAAUCUACACGUAAGUUGACCCAGCCUUCUUCUCAAGAAAUCUACAAGCAGCCAUUAAUUGUUUGAUUUUGUUUGCUUCUGUUUCACUGAAUACCCUUCCCCAACGUAUGAAAAACAUAAGCGAAAAUCAUAUAUUUCUAAUACUUUAUUUGCAAAAAUGCAGUAAUAGAUUCGAACUAAAAAUUUUUCUUGGGAUUUUUGUUUCAUUUUUAAUAUAUAUACAUACAUAAUAGAAACAGAAGGAAAAUUUAGUGCUGCAGAUUUCCUGUGUCUGAGGCUUGGUUUCUAUCGGCCACAGUCGAUCUUAUCUCAGAGGUGCUGUUUCCAUCAAUAUCAUCAGGGAUUUUUUCAAGCAAAAAGUGGAAAAAAGAAAAUCAAAUUUUAGAAGAUUUCAUGCAUAAUUAUAUAUUAUAUAUUCAUUGAUGUCCAGCCACAGCCCGCUGCAUCUUGUGAUCCAAUAUACCGUUUGCUCAGAUCGGACCCAUGCUAAAAACUAAAAAAAUAUGAACUCGUUGUUUGUGUGCCACUGUGGCAGUUUGGAAGAAUUUUCUGAAUACCUCAAAUUUGUAUGUUUUUAUUCGAAGCAAAAUGCUGUUCAUUUUGUUCCGUUCCACUAUUUGUAUAUUAUUGUAGUGUAUUAUUGAACCAGAGUGAAAAUUUUCAUCGUAGUUUAUUUCUAUAUGUGGUGAGAAUAUUGUUAAUUGUUUAAUAUGAAACUGUUAAACGUAUCGUGUUUCUAUUAAGGUUUUCAAUACCUCGAGAGAACCUGUUGGUUUUACCCGUUCUUUUUAAUGAUAUGUUUCAUCAUUGUUUAACAGAGCAUUAUUUGUGGCACUCGACAUUUACUGUUAGGGAAAUUAUGGCCAGUACUGGGAGAGCUCAAAAUUUUUGAAGAUUAAUUGCAUAGAGAAGUGGUCUUUGAUGCAAAAGAAUAGCAUAGAUAUGUUACAGAUAAGACGAACAAAGCUUUUAACUUCCAUGAUGAAAAAUGGAUAUAUAUGUAUAUAUAAAUAUCUAUAAAUACAUAUAUAUAUAUAAAUAUAUAAAUAUAUAGCGUGAGUGGUUAAAUACUUUUUCCGACUAUUUAUAAUAUAACAUUAAAUGCGGCAUAGUGAAGAAAUGAACCUCCCAAUGCCUCUAUGUAUGUAUUUUUUGUGAUUGUAUCCAUAAGAGCUGUAAUAUUGAUUGUACUGUGUUCUGUGUUUUCAGGUAUAACCAUUUGGACAAUAUUUAGUUAACACGUUACAGCCGUGACUUCACGGUUAAAAUACCCAUUUAAAUGAGUUAUAUUUUUGGAACGAAAGUGAAAAAAAAUCUAUCGGCCUGAUUAAUACUGUGAUUCCAGGUUUGUGAAACAAAUAUAUCCAUGCAUGGCAUUUUUAAAUAAUAUAUCGUACUCCCAGAUAACAUUGAUAUAUGCUGUUUUAUCUUUGACAACGCUUGAGUGUUUUUGAUAUUUAAACUUAUCUCUUUUACUUCUGUUUGUCGAUAUAAAUUUUUUAAUGACAGAAACUUUACUGAUUUUAGUAUUUUUCUAUUUCCUUUAGAAGAAUUAGUUUUUGCAAAAAUAUUGAUUUUUAUUUUAAAUUGGUGUUUAUGUCAUAAUUUCCCCAUGCAUUCCUGAAAAAAAAUAGGCAGAAGUAUUAUCUUCUUUUAAACUCACUCAUGUUCAUUGAGUCGUCGUUCAGAAGUAUUCAGUGUCGUUGUUCUUCAGUAAUGAGUAGAAAGUAGGCAUACACCCCAUAUUCUUUCUUAACUCUGAAUCAUAUCCAUCAAAGACUAUUUUAAAUAAAACGUUUGUGUUUCAUCUUCCUCAGGAAAGUUCAUUUCAUUCAAUUUUUUGUUUUUCGAAUUAUCAUCAACGUACAAUGAUUCAGGUAUUCAACAUUAAACAAGUACCCAGUGCCUUGCUUUUAAGGAUUUCUUUGUUUCAGUAUUUUGUUUCUUCCCGACUGCUUGCCGGAUAUUUGUUCACAUUCUUGUCUUUUGAAUCAUUAGAAUUUCAAUAGAAGUUUGCAUUUCAUCAGGAAAACAGCUUUGAUUUGCAGUUCUAAUUUAUAAUAAAAAUAUAUAUCAUUCACAUAUGUAAUAUAUUUAUACAAAUAGGUAAAAUAUUUUACAAAUGCUUAAUCUUGCAUUAUUACCUUCAAGUAAAUGUUUAAAGCUUAUUCCUUAAACUAGAUGUUGUUUUGUAUGCAUAUUACAUUUUCAAAUUUUUUAUAGUGUUUUUCACGAACAAGGACUAAAAAUAAUUCUUUUACAAAGAAUUUUUGUCGCUGUUCAAUUUUGUAGUUGUUUUGGAAUUACAUACCUUUUUUAUUCAUUGUUAAUUUUGUGUCUGUUAAGACAUAUAUAUGGACUACAAUAAUUUUGCUUUGUAAUCCAUAUAUUGAAUGUGAUUUCACGUUAAUUAACAAGGAAAAGGUUUCAUUUUUUAGAAGUUUAGUCAUUCUGAGUGAUUGAUUAUCAAUGAGUAAUUAAAAUUUACAUUUGUUACAUUCAGGAAUAAUGUGAUAGCUGAAAAGUUUAAAUUCACGGUGUCUUUGAUAUUCGUGAAAUAAGUUCAAUAGUUGAUAUUCAUUCUAAGCUAAGUUGACUGAAUUGUGCUGCUCAGGCUUGAUCAGCCGUUCACAUAAUAAAUUUUCUUCUGCAAUAUAAUGCCAGUUUCAGGCUUUUAAAUCUGAUGUAAAUCGCGCAAAUUUUUACCGGCUCAUACGUUGAAGCUUGUCAAACAAGCUUGAACUCUGCACUGCGUAGAGAACUGCAUCACGAGUUCUUUAUGCAUUACUUACAAGUACCCUGAUAAGCGUACUUGUAUCAACAGUGUCAGACACUGUCUAAACAGAAUAGUAUGAAGGAUAAAGUUUGGGCAUCUGAUGCCAAUUUCUUCCGACUGGUAAGGAAAGAAGUGAUGUGUAUAUAGAUUUUCUACGUAGAAGUGGGCUUUCAUCUGGAGUGAACAUUUCAUAAGGAAAUGGAUUAAUGGUUUCCUCUUGAGCAUUAAAUAAAAAAACAAAAUUUUACUCCAUGAUCUGUGUACUAUGAAAUGAAGUUUUGUGCUCAGGUGAUACAUUUCUUCUCCUGACAAACUGAUAUUUAUUUUAAUAAAGCAUAUUCAUUAUUAUUAUUAUUGACAACUGACGCUUUAAAAAAUUCUACUUAAAAAAAUCUAAAAUACUAGAAACUUCUAAAUUGUUGUUAAAGAUUUUUAUUCGGAAAUCUAACGCAUUUUCAGCAACAAUGUAACUCUGAAUUUCAAAAUCAUUCAAAACAUAGAAGGUAUAUUUUCUUUUUAUAUUAUAAAGGAACGACGUAGUGUUUGUUUUAUUCCGUUGUAUACUUCACAAUUGUUUGCAUUUUAACAGACUAAGAGAAGGAGAAAUGAAAAAAAAAGCUAUCCAAAAUUAGAGCAUAUAAUCAACUGCUUAUCAACCUUUAAAGUGUUUCCUCUCAACUAACAACACGAUUUAAAAAGUUUUUUACAAGAGCCAAAAUUCGAUAUUGUGUUUAAGCAUUUUAGAACUAUUCAUUGGGUGAUUAGCUACUUUUAUCGUCUCUUAACUAGAUGAAAAUUCCAUCGAGUAAUUUUCACCUUGAAUUUAAGCUUUAGUCUUAACAAUAUUUUAAAUAAGGUGGUAAGGAAAAUUAGCAAAAAGAGGAGGGAAUCACAGACGGAAGAGCUGCCACUUUUCUUAAUUUUAACAUUUUUGUUGCUUCCUAAACACUCAGAUAUCAUCUAUCAGAAGCUCUGUCUUGUCCUUUGUAAUAACAGGUCACAGCGUAAAAAGAGCUUACACCAGAGAGCUUCAAAAUUACAGGGUAGACCUUGUUGUGGGCAGAUAAAUGUGUAGCACUGCCAGUUCUUCAACAGGCACAAAAGCCUUGACAUCGUAUUUUAACACUGGCUCCCUCGGCAAUGUGCGCAUUAAUUUCUACAAAAUCUCGAUGGAGUGGUUGGUUUUUUCCCUCCUCCUUCCUGCAGAAGCCUUGACUGUUUAAUGCGGCGAUGAAAAUGAGCGCUGUUGGACACCGUUAAAGCAUGUCGUGGGUUAUUUUAUCUAUGCAAAUUCGAAGAUAAUAUUGUUCUUUACUCCUUUCUUUCUUUUAUUUAUUUUUUUUUUUUUUGAUGGGGAGGGGUUAAUGUUCGAUUCGGCUUUCAGCCCAGACCGGUCGAACAGUUCGUAACCACUGUUUUUAAAAACAAACAUGAGCAAAGUGUUGAAGAAGUUUGGAGCAUAGGGGAGGGCUUGUGAAACGAUAAAUGUUUACGGAAAAAUAUAUUUGCUAAACAUGUUAGCCACCUGCACGUUCGUAAUUACUGUGCGUGUCGUAGAGUAACCUUAGCCUGUUAUAAUGAUAUAGGAUAUUAAAUGAUCUUAAGGAACGUGUGCCGUCAGGUAGAAUCAUUAGCAUUACGUUUCUAAAAGAUAUCUCCCCCGAGAUAAAGGCUAUCGUUUAAAAUUACACUUCUAGGGGCCGCUUCCAAACUUACACUUUUCACGCUUAUAAUUACACAUCAGUUUUAGAAGCCCUUACUUACCUAAAUUUCUUUUAAUAACUUCAUAGAAAGAGCAAUUUAAUCUCGGAAUUAAUAUUACAAAAAAAGAUGAGCUGUACGGUCUAGUCGGCAAUAGGUGGUAAUAGGGCUCUGAUAUCAUUAUGUUUGACAGCCGCUUAAUAUUGCCUAAAAACAUAAGCAGGGGCAACCAUUGGCUCUUUUAGAAUAUGUUUAGUGUUUCAUGCACGUGGGGUAAAAGAAGUUGCCUGGGUUGUGAUUCGAGAAUGCACUUCUCUUGAGCUUUUCUUGAUACUUGAUCUUUAUUUCUUAAACAAUAAGAAACGCGAUACUUAAAAGCAUCGCUUCAAAAUAAACAAGUCUAUACAGGGAUUUCAUUGUGAUGCAAAUUUUCUGCUUCAGACUUUCAGGCUCAUUAUCUAAGACAAAAGUAGAUUUUCUCUCGCCUUGUUUCUGUGGCUUGCUUCUAAUUUCGUGUUAGUUAACGAAUGGACUAAAUUGAUGCGCUUCAUAAAAGAGCUCUUAUAUUUUGAACAAAUCGAGAUGUACUUGGGGAAGAGGUCCUCCUUUUGUCUUGAGGCUUUCGAAUGCAAAUCUUUUGAUUAAUCUUGUCUGCACUACAGAUCACCUCGCUGAGACAACAAUUAAAUAAUUAAGUGUGUGUAAGACAGGGUUACAUUGUUGCUGUCUUUUGGGAAAUGAUUUCUUUUAACGAGUUUUUCAGCUUCAGUCGCGAGAGAUUCUCGGAAAAGUCACAGCGUGAAAGAAGGAAAUUAGUUUGUUGCUAAUUUUUCUCAUUACGUAUACUCUUUGUUUCAGGCGGGAAUAAAACGUUAAAUUAGUGAAUAAUUUUAGGACCCCAGUUUAGCUCAUCUACACUAAGUCUCACAGCAUAAGCCGAACUCAGUUUUACUCACCAAUCCCAUUUUAUCAAAAGAGAAAUUAUUACCUUUCCUUUUUACAAAUUAGAGAUAUAUUUUACAUAUCUUAAAGGAACAACAUAGAAAUAUAGUUAGAGUAGUGAAAGUGGAAAAAGUUUCAGUUUAUCAUUCUUAAUCACUUUUUAACGCUGUGGCAUUUCACACGUAUUCGGUAAUCGAUUCAAUUUUAUAGAUGCAGAAGACCAUAAUUCUUUGAGCUCAGUCUUCAGCAAACGUUAAAAUAUUUUGCUUUGCAGUUGUUGUCUUCAGAUAAUUGCUCAAUAAUCGGUUGAAGAAAUUUGUUUGGAAAAAAUUUCUUUGAGCAGUCGUUCACGUCAGAAGAACUCUCCUUUUAAGUAAGUUAAAAAAAAUAGAAAAGCAUCUCGUUUACUCCUCUCUGAAUCUCUGGUAUCUCAAAUUCUCCAGAUAACUGACAUUUCAAAGCUUUGAGGAAUAAGGCACAUCAAACGCAAAUAAAAAGACUGAGCGUCUUUUUUUUUUCUGCUUAGAUAGUUGUUCUGUUAACGAGUGGCGAGUAUUAAAUUCUUAACCGAACGUUUCACCGACAUCUGGACCUCUUAAAAAAGCAUCAAAGUAAUCUCGAAUUUGCGUGGAACGUCACGCUAAAGUAGCCCCCAUCCGAACGACAAUUAUGGCUUGUAGUAACAUUAGGCCUCAUCUCGGAUUCCCGUUACCAUAGCUACCAGGAGAGGUAUGUGACGUUGAGCGCUUUGUUAGGGCGGCAGGAUGUCAGGGCCUCAUCGCCAGUGAAUGGCCACUUAAAUGUGAAAAGCCAAAAGGAAACCUUUAAUCUUAUAAACUUGUUGAAGAGAGUGCUGGGAGGAAAUCAUACGAAAGGGGCAUUCCGUUUUAUAAGCCACAGCAAAUCUGCAUGUGUUGUGUGUAUCUAACUUUUAGCGGAAAAUCUAUUUUUGUAAUUCCACUCUUGGUUUCUAUGAUUAUGUUGUAAAUGGUGAUAAUGCUUCAUGUAGAACUGGAAGUGAGCCAUAGUUCAGGUUGUGGCUUAUAGAACGCUUUUGCAUGUCUGAAAUCAAAGAUUUUUCUGAAUGCAGUUUGUUCGGAGAGGUAGCGUUCACGUGAUUGUUUGAUUCCCGUGAUUCCCAUUCCUUAAGUAAAUGGAAAUAUAGUUAAUGUCUCCCGUACAUGGUUGUUCAUGAUUCAGUGCAUAAAUAUUUUUUCCACCAUUUACUAUCAUUUCCUCGUGUUAGUCCUAUUUAGAAUAUCUUUCCUGUCCGUUUUGAUUAUCCUGAAUUUUACACUUUUCGUACAUUAUUAAUGAUCAGCUGCAAGAAAGCAGUUGGUUUCAUGAAAUGGGUGAUUAACUUUGUUUCAGCUGACUUUGCGAAAAAAAUUUAAACUUAUAUUAAAUUUAUCUUGCGUUUUAAGGAAAUUGAAUUUUUCUUCAGAGUUUAAUCAUUUAACCAUGAAUUGGAAUUCGAUUUUUUAGAAACUAUUUUCCUAACACUUUGGAAAAAAAUGGCUUUGUAAAGUUAAAAUGCUAAUGAAAAGUGAAAGAUUCAGGAUAAUAUCGUGUUUUCAUUUUUCAUUUUCGUCUUGUAUUCUGUGUGAAAAUAGAUGGAUGCUACUUUCAAGGUAAAAAUUAAAGCAAUAGUAAUUAUCAUAUUUUCAUUACAACUUACGAAAACAUCUGAUAAGUGUAGAAAUAUUAAUUUUAUCUUUCGAGGUACUUUAGCAUAAUUUUUUUCCUGUUUUGGGGGAAAAUAUAUAUUAUUUGUUCCUUCUAAUUUUACCCGUUACGUUGAUUUAUUUGAGUAUAGUUUCUAAUGUCUAUAACAUUUGAAUGUCUACAAAAGUGCAUCCAUUCUUAAGAAUAAUUUUAUUAUAAAAUAUAAACAAAUAGUUCAAAAUUUUGAUGGCAUGUUCUUAAAUUUUAAAAUUUUAAUCUUUUAUUUAAAAUUAUGCUGCCUAUUCAAACUUUCAGAUAAAAGUUAUACAGAUUAAAAGUAUUUAUUUCAUUCUAAAUAAAUAUUUUCACUUGUUAACUUAGUUUCUAAAUUUUAAAAUGAACAGUUUUUUGUCAUUUUUUCCCUUAAUUUAUAAAUUAAAUAUUUUUCAUUUUACAUAGUAAUGUAGACAUUGGUAUCUAGUUGACUUAGUCUAAUCUAAAAUUUCUACACUUUUUAGAUGAGUACUCUUUUGUACAGAACAUUUUCCUUUCAUUAAAUUAAAUAAAAAGGAAAAGAAAGAAAUAAAAAUCUCCAGAGAUUGGAUAAAAUUACUUGAAACUCAGAAUUUCACUUUAUUGAUUGCUAUUGAGAGAUAGUAUGGCCCCUAGAAAGCAGCAACAAUUCUGUCUACUUUUCUCCUUUUUUUAAUUAUUAUAAUCAUUACUUUAUGUCAUUGUGAACAUUAUUGUACUGUGUUGUAGCCCUACCAUUUAUCCAUUUGAUCUUUAAUGUUUGUCAUUUCAUAAAUAAAUCCUGUACAUAAUGUUGUUUAUUAGCUUCAAACCAAACCACAGUUUUAAUUUGCUCAAUCGUAUAUUUUUUCUUUUGUGAGAUACGAAUAGUCUUUGUAAACUUUUUGAGAACCGUAUGUUUGGUUGUUUACCUGAUAAUCACUUUUUAUUCGUUCAUUAUUCUUAUGUGGUAUAUAAAUGACAGUGCAAUUUAUCUGCAUAUAUAUAUAUAUAUCGCAUAUGCAGAUAAACUGCUCGAUACAUCCCAGAAUUCAGUGUAUUUUAACGUUUCUUAUGAGAUUUUGCUAAUCGAUUUCACCUCGCCCAAAAUCAGUUUGGUGAUGAGUAAAUAAACAUUUUGUGUAUAUGUUUAAACUAUUUUAACGUUAUUUUCUUUUAUUUGUGUUCUAUGUUAGAUAUGAUGUUUUAAAACCAUCGUACAAAGAACAUGGCAGGAAUAUAAUGACAUGUUAAAAGUCCAGUUUGUUAAAACACGUUUGAUCAUCAGCUUUAAGUACUUUUCUGUCAUAGAUAUUUGCACUAGCAAUAAUGUUGAUAUUUUAUAUUAGUGUUUGUGAGUUUCAUUAUUGGAGUUUUUGGAAUAAAAAUAAUUGGUAUGCUGAUCAGAAAGAAAACAUGUUUUGAGGACACUGUGAUAACCAGCUUAUUAGUAUAGCUUAUCAUUUCGUCGUCAAUAUAAAAUGCUUUUAUUCAUCCAUAUGUCAACGGCGAACCAAAACCAUGUGAAAUGUGUUUUGUAAUUGUAUCAUAAAUUUUUUGGUGACGUGUAUAUGUUAGUAUGUUGUUGCUGUAUUUGCGCCUUCUGUGUCACACAGUGCAGGAGUAUGACUACUCACGAAUACUUAGCAAUGAUCCUUCUGUGUUUCUGCAUAAUUUUCAGUUCCCUUGGCAUUUAUAAAGCGCAACCAUUAAGGUUAUUUUUCUGGUCGUAAUGAUAAAGAAAAAUACUUUCCGAAAUAAAUUUUAUCUCAGGAUAGUUUAUCAUAUAAAUCCAGAUCAUGUGCUAGAUCUUGAAAAUAUGAUUUGCCAUUGUCCCACCGAUACCAAUUUCAGGGAAAUUUCAAUAUGCGAACAGUCAUGUGACUAACUUAGUAGCUGGCAUUUGCCCUGUUAAACAUAAAAUUUAUAUUAUAUUUAAAUUCCAUUCAGACAUUAUUAUUUCACUUUCAUCUAAAAUAAACAAUUUGACUCGUUAGCAAUUCAUCAUUUGGAAAAUCCGUUAUUUAAAAAUAUUAUGUUAUCUUUGAAAACAUAUUGGCAGUUGUUAAUUUGAGUAUUGUUGUCUAUAUGAGUUGUUUUGCAUUUCUCUUCCUGUUAGAAAUAGAAGAGAAUAUGUGGAGUAAUUUUAAUUAUUGUAGAGCUGAUUAUUUAUGAACAGUUUUGUUCUCAUAUACAUAGCCAUAAAUUUAACAAUGACUGUUAUCAUAGAGGCGUCUACAUAUUCUUUUCUCGUUAGUUAAUUAUUUGGGUAAUAAAAUUUUUACGUAGAUAUUAACAGUUCUGUUGUUAAUGUUAUAGAAUAAGGUUAUAGAUAUGUGAUUCAAAGUUUUAAUGUUUUCACUAGCAGUUCCAGUAUUCGGGUUUUGUUAAAAAAAUUAUAUUUAUUUGAAUUUAAUGGGGAGUGCAAUCCAUUUGAAGUUCGUGAUCUUCUAUUUUAAUGUUAUAUUCGAAAAAUGGUAUAAGUAGCUUGUUAAUUCAGAUUGCUUUAGAUUGAUCUAUAAGCAAGCUUAGUAAAAGUUUUCGAGAAAUGCUUGUACAUAUGCUUUGUAAUCUCUUUGCUGUAGAAAGUUAGCCUCAUGCCUAAUAAAAAGUUACAGGAUCAGAAUUCCUAAUGUAGCUUAUUGCUGACAAGUUAAUCCCAAUGCUUUGUGUAUCUGUUAUUAAUUUCAAUACAAGGUUGUUUUUAUGGAGCUGUUAAUUUUGUUCGUAAAUAGUGAAAGAUUGAGAAAGAUUAAGGCUGUCCUGAUAAAAAAGUUAUAAACUACUUACCUCAUUUUUGCCUUCUGGAUACAAAAUGCAUUUCUUCAGUGAAAAGGAAAGUGCUCAAUGACGAGAACCGCAUAGCAUAUCACUUACCUCUUCCAUGUGAUGAUUAAGUGAAACUUUUCAGGGAUACCUUUAUUGCUCAAUAUGUGGUAGUAUUUUCUAAAAAAAAAUAAAAAAAUAAAAUGGCUUAAUGGGAUUUUAAAAGUAAAUUUUGCCGUUCAGAUUCUUAAUUCGUAACUUUGCUGUGCGGGGAGAGCUUGGUACUCCCAUUAUAUCUUGUCUCGCACGUGAGGAGUCGGUCGUUUCGGGAAAUUUUUCAAAUACCUCAGCAGGCACUUUCUCGAAUUACCUCAUUUCUGCGAUCGUCUCGCACCAAUCUCAUUACCUCCUCAUGGACAGUGUAAUCUUUCGAGAUCCCUGAGUGUAAAAGCUAAGUAUUCGUGAGAGUCCUUUUGUGAAAUAUUUUAGUUUCGCCUGCGCGACCUGAGCUGUGUGUUAGUAUAUUCAUUCAUUCAUCGGCGAUGCGCAGCGAUGGGCUAUCAGAGAUAGCCCUCUAAAACAAUGAGCUAUAGAAUUAACCCAAUCUGUUUUGCUCAGUGAUGGUCGUGAUCUAACUGUUCUUGAAUAAUUAAAACUUAUUGACAUGUAACAAAAAAAUGACGUUUCAAUGCAUUCGACCAUAGGUAGUUCACCAAUUUAAUUUUGUAAACGUGUACAUAGAUAUUCUUUAUUGUAGUGUGAAUUGUAGUCUCUUCAUCGCCAUGUGUAAUAACCGAAGAACCUCGAGGUUUGAAAUCUUAUGAUGAAGGGCAUCAUGAGAGAGUUGGAAAAGUUGUAGGUUUACUGCCAUUAACCAUUGAUACGUAGGAAGCCCACGUCUUAUUAUAAAGCACUUGUAUGUAUUUGUAAAUAGAAUGAAAUAUUCUUUUCUCGAGUUGCAACUUACCAAUGAUCUUUUUGUUUGAAUUGUCGCGUUAUAAUAUUUCCCCCUCCCCUCAACAUCUCCUUCUUGUUUAAAAUAAAGCAUGCGCUUCAGCCUAUUUUCGUAGCACUCAUGCCAAAUGAAUAUCGGAACACGAGCUUCAGAAACAAUUUGCCACAUGCAAUAAUAAAUAACUUAGGAAAACAUUUUAUGGAUAGUAAAUCCCUGGGAAAGUGGGGCGUUAAGAGAUUACAUUUAAAGUGAAGCUGUUUGAUUGCUUCAUUCCGGUGCAUGUACGUACUUUUCUAUCUGUUAGAAUGGAAAAAUGUAAGGAAGUUUGCAGUCCAACCCCUUGCUGUUGAAGAGAGCAUGGUUUCGGGCCGACAGAGCCAUGCACAAACCUCUUUGUGAUAGCUUUGUAUUGUGGUUUAUUUAUCAGUUAAAAAUUUGAAAUUUUUCUAGCAGUCUAACAGGUAUUUGCAUAAGCAUCAACGAAAUCAUCAAUAGUGAUGACAUUCAGGGAAAAUAAGAGAGAAGUUUGUACCUGGUAGAGCUAAAAUAAACAGAUAUAAACAAAUAAUAAAAUUUGUUUUUCAUCGCCUCUUUCGACAGCGCACAUAACAUUAACGUAUGUCACUCAUCAUCAUAAGAAUCGACAAUGCAGUUCAUUUGAGAAACCAGAUCCUAGACGGAAUCGUACGUUAAAAAAUAUUUUCAUUUUUUUGUUUACUUCUUCCUUUAUUUUUCUAGGGUAUCCUUAACUUUUAUCAUAUAUUGCAUAAUGUUUUCACAGCUGCACAUUGUCUUUGUUUAUUUGUAUUAUUGUUAAUGAAUUUUAUAGUACAGUUGACUUUCCCUUGAAUUUAAUUACCAUUAUUCUAAGUUAAUAUUUUUAAUGAUUUGUAAAAAAUGUGAAUUUUAUGUAAACAUAUACAUUGUAUCUUAAUGAAAAUUGUUCAUUCAGUUCAGUGUGUGCUUUCAUAUGUAGCUCAUAUAUAUAUGUUAAAUAACUUUCGCUUGUCCAAUUUCCAAAAAACCCCGAUUCUUCUUGAUCUUGUUUCCAUUUGUCUUUGAUCGGCCGCGAUGGAUAAUUUCUUUUUUGAAAUAAUUGGUCUGUUGCAACUAUUCCCCAUCUGUCGGGUGUUUUCGCGGUGCCUCAUCCAUUUUGUCACCCCGGAAGCAAAAGAAAAAAAAAUUUCAACCACCAGGUGAUUGUAUAAAAUAUAAAUGACGAAAGAUUGUUGUUAUUACGCGCACCAUGUGUAUGUAGUUCAUGGUUAAGGUACAACUUGUAGUCACUCAAGUGCCCCAUCCUUGUACAACAUUGUCAUGUGCUAUUUCAAUAAAUAUCACUUUAAGCCUUUA